AUGCCCAGCUUGGGCAUUCUGGACUUGGGACACAACCUCCUCGCCUCCCUCCAGGAUAUAGAGCCUGUGGGGCCCCACUUGAAGAUCACUCAAGUUAAUUUCCUUGGAAACCCGGCCCUUGAAAAGGAAGCGGAACAAGUGAAAGCUUAUUGUCUUUCUUCUUUGCCUUCUUUAAAAAUUUAUAACACAAAACCUUUAAUUCCAAAAGGCCCUUCAAAACUCAAACAAAUCCUCAACAGAAUCCACCACAACGCCGGGGGGCCCCCAGGGGGGCCCCCACGGAAGCCCGCAAAAGGGUCCACAGGGGGGCCCCCAGGGGGGCCCCCUAAAGAGGGUUUGGGGGGCCCCACAGGGGCCCCCCAAGGGGCACGGGGCCCCAAAGAGGGGCCCCUAAAUAGGGGGGCCCCCCAAGAAAGCAAAGAGGGUCUUGGGGGCCCCCCUGAAAAGAAAAGAAAAAGAGAAAAGGAGAAGUUUGAAGAUAAAGAUGAAAAUAAAAAGGAAAAAAGACAAAAAAGGGAGCUGAAGGAGAUAGAGGAAAAAGGGGAAAAUAUUGGAGAAGAAGAAACAAUUAGAAGAAUUAAAGGGGAAAAAUUUAAUAUUAAAAAUAAUGAAUUUAAAGAAACAGCAGCACACACAGAACAACGUGAAGCUAAAAUGAAAAAGAAGCUGCACCGGGAGCAGCAGCAGCAGCAGCAACAGCAACAGCAAGAGUUGGAAUCUCUACAGAAGGAGGGAAAGAAAGCCAAGAAGAAAGUGAAGCAGCAGCAGCAGCAGCAGGAAGCGGACCUUGCUGCUUCAGCUGGCCCCAAAGGCAGCAACAAAAAGAAAAGGAAGAAGAAGCAGCAGCAGCAGCCCAACUCUCCUGCUGCUUCUCAAGACCUUGACGCCAGCAGCAAGCAGCAGCAGCAGCAGCAGCAGCAGCAGCAGCAGCUUUCGGUCUUCAGUCGCACGGAUGUUUUAAAGAAGAUAGAAACCCUAGCAGCAAACAGGGCGGGCUGGCUUGGGGAGCCACAGCAGCAGCAUUCUCCCGAAGAGUCUGCUUGGGACUAG